GGGAAAGGAAGAAGGGAAGAGUCGAAAGGCGGGACGCCGUCCGGGCGGGGAGCUCUGACCAAGCAGCAGCUGCAGCCGUGGCGGCUCCGGGCCGGGCUGCAGGGGAACCCGAUGCACGCAACACCUCGCCUCCCCGGCAAAGGCUUCCAAGGUGGCGACAGAAAAGGUUGCAGGGAGGUUCAGUUCUACUCUCUCAUGGGUGAAGAACACUGUCAGUCAAAUGGCCAGUCAGGUGGCGAGUCCAUCUGUUUCAUUACACACUACAUCCUCCUCUACCACACACUCCACUCCAGCUUUGUCUCCAUCAUCGCCUGCAGAGUUGAGUCCUGAUGAUAUAGAGUUACUGGCUAAAUUAGAAGAACAAAACAGGUUGCUGGAGACUGACAGCAAAUCAUUGAGAUCAGUAAAUGGAUCAAGAAGAAACAGUGGGUCCUCACUUGUGUCUAGCUCAUCAGCUUCUAGCAAUCUUAGCCAUCUUGAAGAAGAUUCCUGGAUCCUCUGGGGGAGAAUAGUAAAUGAAUGGGAAGAUGUACGCAAAAAGAAAGAGAAACAGAUUAAGGAACUUGUUCGAAAAGGGAUACCACAUCACUUCCGAGCAAUAGUUUGGCAGCUUUUGUGCACAGCUCAAAAUAUGCCAAUUAAGGAUCAAUAUUCAGAACUCUUGAAAAUGACUUCACCUUGUGAAAAGCUCAUAAGAAGAGACAUUGCUAGAACGUAUCCUGAACAUGACUUUUUUAAAGAAAAAGAUAGCCUUGGGCAGGAGGUUUUAUUUAAUGUAAUGAAGGCAUAUUCUUUAGUGGAUCGUGAGGUUGGUUAUUGCCAAGGAAGUGCUUUUAUUGUUGGACUACUCCUUAUGCAGAUGCCAGAGGAGGAAGCAUUUUGUGUGUUUGUUAAAUUAAUGCAAGAUUAUCGACUUCGAGAACUCUUCAAACCAAGUAUGGCUGAGCUAGGCCUUUGUAUGUAUCAGUUUGAAUCCAUGAUACAGGAGCAACUUCCAGAGAUCUAUAUGCAUUUCCAGGCCCAGAGUUUCCAUACCUCUAUGUAUGCAUCCUCAUGGUUCUUAACUAUUUUUCUUACAUCUUUCCCAUUACCAAUUGCAACAAGAAUAUUUGAUAUAUUUAUGUCUGAGGGUUUAGAGAUUGUGUUUCGGGUUGGUGUAGCACUGCUUCAGAUGAAUCAAGCAGAAUUAAUGCAACUUGACAUGGAAGGGAUGUUACAGCACUUUCAAAAGGUCGUUCCACAUCAGUUUGAUGGUGGACCAGACAAGUUAAUCCAAAUGGCUUACCAAGUCAAAUAUAAUGCAAAAAAGAUGAAAAAGCUAGAAAAAGAAUAUACUACUAUAAAAACAAAGGAAAUGGAAGAACAAGUUGAAAUUAAGAGACUGAGAACAGAAAACAGACUCUUAAAACAGCGAAUUGAAACACUAGAAAAAGAAAGUGCUUCCUUGGCAGAUAGAUUGAUACAGGGACAAGUGACAAGGGCCCAGGAAGCUGAGGAAAACUAUCUUACAAAACGGGAGUUGGCCACCAUCAAACAGCAGAGUGAUGAGGCCAUUACUAAACUAGAGCAAGCUGAGAAUACCAUCAGGGAGCUCCAGCAACAACAGCAAUGGCAUAAGAGCAGUUCCCACCACAGUGAAGACUUUGUGCUGCAGUUGCAAAGAGAGUUGAUAGAAGCAAAACUCAGUGAAGCAGAAUCACACAGUGCCCUGAAGGAAAUGCAAGAUAAGAUUCUUGAGAUGGAAAAGAGGAAUAACUCUUUGCCUGAUGAGAAUAAUAUUGCUAGGCUUCAAGAGGAAUUGAUUGCAGUUAAACUAAGAGAAGCAGAAGCUCUAAUGGGUCUAAAAGAACUUCGGCAACAAGUUAAAGAUUUGGAGGAACACUGGCAGCGUCAUCUAAUUCGCACCUCUGGAAGAUGGAAAGACCCACCUAAAAAAAAUACUGUAAAUGAACUGCAAGAUGAGCUAAUGUCAGUCAGACUCCGAGAAGCAGAAACUCAAGCAGAGCUAAAAGAAAUAAAACAAAGGAUGAUGGAAAUGGAAACUCAGAACCAGAUAAAUAGCAACCAUUUACGAAGGGCUGAGCAAGAGAUCACAAACCUGCAAGGAAAGGUCCAGUAUUUGUCUGCACAAAACAAAGGGCUUCUGGCACAGUUAACUGAAUCAAAACGAAAGCAAGCAGAGAUUGAAUGCAAGAAUAAAGAAGAAGUAAUGGCUGUAAGACUCCGAGAGGCUGACAGCAUGGCAGCUGUGGCAGAGCUCCAGCAACAUAUUGCAGAACUAGAAAUCCAGAAAGAAGAAGGGAAAAUUCAAGGGCAGCUUAAUAUUUUUGACUCUACUCAGUAUAUUAGAGAACUGAAAGAUCAGAUAGCAGAGUUGAAUCAUGAGGUAAGUUAUCAGUUUUGCUCACUUAAGUUCCUUUCCUGUAGCUUGAACCUGUACUUAAGUUUUGUUCUUUUUUCUGAUUCCAG